AGUAGCAUGGAGUGUGACCUCAUGGAGACUGACAUCUUGGAGUCGUUGGAAGAUCUAGGUUACAAGGGUCCAUUGUUAGAAGAUGGCGCUCUGUCUCAGGCAGUCUCUAGUGGAGCCAGUUCCCCCGAGUUUACCAAACUCUGUGCUUGGCUGGUGUCUGAAUUAAGAGUGCUCUGUAAACUAGAGGAAAAUGUGCAAGCAACUAACAGUCCGAGUGAAGCUGAAGAAUUCCAGCUUGAGGUGAGUGGGCUACUAGGGGAAAUGAACUGUCCGUAUCUUUCACUGACAUCAGGGGAUGUGACCAAGCGCCUUCUCGUUCAGAAGAACUGCCUCCUUUUGCUCACAUACCUCAUCUCAGAACUAGAAGCUGCCAGAAUGCUCUGUGUGAAUGCUCCUCCAAAAAAAGCUCAAGAAGGAGGCGGUAGUGAGGUCUUUCAAGAGUUGAAAGGCAUAUGUAUUGCUCUAGGAAUGUCCAAACCUCCAGCCAAUAUAACUAUGUUCCAAUUCUUCAGCGGGAUUGAAAAAAAAUUAAAGGAAACAUUAGCAAAAGUUCCACCUAAUCAUGUGGGAAAGCCUUUAUUGAAGAAACCAAUGGGACCAGCCCACUGGGAAAAGAUAGAAGCGAUUAACCAAGCCAUAGCCAAUGAAUAUGAAGUUCGGAGAAAGCUGCUAAUAAAACGCCUGGAUGUCACUGUACAGUCCUUUGGCUGGUCUGACAGAGCUAAGAGUCAGACAGAAAAACUAGCAAAGGUUUACCAGCCAAAACGCUCAGUCUUAUCUCCUAAAAGUGUUAUUUCUGUUGCCCAUCUUUUGGCUGCAAGACAAGAUUUGUCAAAGAUUUUAAGGACAAGCAGUGGCUCUAUAAGAGAAAAGACUGCCUGUGCCAUCAAUAAGGUGUUGAUGGGCAGGGUGCCUGACAGAGGUGGUAGACCCAACGAAAUUGAACCUCCGCCCCCAGAGAUGCCGCCUUGGCAGAAAAGGCAAGAUGGCCCCCAGCAGCAAGCAGGAGGCCGAGGAGGAGGGAGAGGCGGUUAUGAACAUUCCUCAUAUGGAGGACGAGGAGGUCACGACCAAGGAGGAGGAGGGCGAGGUGGACGUGGUGGCUACGACCAAGGUGGACGUGGUGGCUACGACCAGGGUGGACGUGGUGGCUACGACCAGGGUGGACGUGGUGGCUACGACCAGGGUGGUCGUGGUGGCUAUGACCAGGGUGGUCGUGGUGGCUAUGACCAAGGUGGUCGAGGGGGAGGAAGAGGAAAUAAGCAUCAAGGAGGCUGGACAGAUGGAGGGAGUGGAGGAGGAGGGGGCUACCAAGAUGGUGGUUACCGAGAUUCGGGUUUCCAGCCAGGCAGCUAUCAUGGUGGUCACAGUGGUGGCUAUCAAGGCAGUGGUUAUGGUGGCUUCCAAACAUCUACAUAUACAGGAAGCGGAUACCAGGGUGGUGGAUACCAACAGGACAAUAGAUACCAAGAUGGUGGGCACCACGGUGAACGAGGCAGUGGUCGUGGAGGGAGAGGUGGUCGUGGAGGCCGAGGUGGUCGCGGAGGCCAGGGAGGAGGUUGGGGAGGGAGAGGGAGCCAGAAUUAUCACCAAGGGGGUCAAUUUGAACAGCACUUCCAGCAUGGAGGUUAUCAGUAUAAUCAUUCUGGAUUUGGACAGGGAAGACAUUAUACUAGUUGAGGCUACAGAACCUUACAUGUUGCUAGAGCUCAAGUAAUAGAAACUUAGUUUCAGAAUCCGGAAUCCAGAAUCGAUUUUGAAUUCAUGUGAGACCACAGGUGGCAGGCAGAUUCCUGCUUGGUACAAGCAUUUGUAGGUCAUCAUUCAAUUCUGUUUUAUUUCUUUUUUUUUAAUGGAUUUACAUAAUGCUGUUUAUUUGAGAAAUACAUACAACAUCUCUCCUUUGUAUGAAGAAGUUUUUAAAAAGGUAAUAAAAUUGCCUUUAAUCUUUGACCAGUCGACUAAUUCCACGGCCAGACAUGCAUACUUUUUUGAAGAAGCUACUGAAAUAAGUAGUUUUCAUCUUUUCAAUAUGCAGUUUUGAAAAUGAGGAUUCUCCUAGAUUUUUUUAGAUAUACAACUAGGAAGUCUUCCUCUUAGUAACAACCCAUUUAUAUGUGUUUUGCUUAAAAUAUUCUAAUGCCUUUUUUCCAAGCACAGUUCUGCCCCUGGUUGGCUUUUUUAUUCAGAGUGGUUAUGCCACAUUUGCUUCAUUAUACACCUUGUAGGUCAGUUCCUAUUAAAUGAGCUCUUCUGCAGAUAGCACAUUCAGUAGCCUUAUCUUUUUGAUGGAAUACUGUACCAUACACUCAACUCUGAAAACCUUGAACACAGCCAAAACCUAUAAAGAUUAUAAAAGCAAACCGAGUUGUAAACCUAUUUAGGUCAUGUAGGCAUCUAGUUAAGUAUACAAUUCAAACUGACCUGCAUCCAUCCAAAACAGGUUCCUCCUUUGACCUUAUUUUUACUUGAAAUUGCUAGAAGAAACAGCAAACUGAAAUUUGUUUUAUGCAUGAGUUAAUACUGCUGGCUCAGCAAAUACAAGUUAGUUUGCUUUGGGCAGGAGGCUUUUUUGGUAAUGGAAGAAAUGCACUACCAAGUAAGAAGACAGAUAUUUGCUUAGUGCAGGAGGCCCUUUAUGAUUGCUGCAGAAAACAAAAGCCUAGCUGAGUUGAUGUUUUACAUUCUCCUUUACUAAAAUCUCCAUGACGCUUCUUGCUGGGUUUUUGUACACAUAAACAUUGUCAAGCUGUGAAAGAAAAUGGCUGGAGGUAUGCUUUGUGUGAAAG